AUGGCUCGUACAAAGAGUGGUAGCGGUCAACCUACCGGCCCCAUCGGUAACCGAGAUAUCAGGAGCUUUUUCGGCGGGCGCUCGACUGCCAAAGAAACUCAGAAUACUGUGAUAUCCUCACGAGCUACCAGGAGCCUUGGGGCCUCCUCCACUUCGCCAUCGUCUAUUGCAGUUGCUGAAUCUCCGAGCGAUGGCGCACUUGCCCACACCCAGGUCCGGGAUGUGAAGGCAACCAGGCAACCGCAAGGCAAGAGGAAACGCUCGUUCACAGUACAAGACGAGAAUUCUAAGCCAGGAACUGAGGACUUGGAGCACUCAAAUGUUUCCAGCACGCCCCCUCCGCACUUCGUCCUGCCUGCAUCAGGCUUCUUAAACACAUCAACGUCAUUAUCUGAAAUAAACACCACUCCCACCCUGCCAUCCUCUACAAGACAGCUUCUUCUCAGUACACCUGGGCAUAAACCCUCAAAAGAAAAGAUAGUCAACGACGACUCAGCAGAUUUAUUCAUGUCAGCCUCGGGCCGGACCCCGGCCUCGGCGCGCAAAGUCCGCUUCAACUCAGCGCCUUCUACACCGGGACAUUCUUCUGAGCCAGAUACCACUCCAGUACGCCUUCUAUUCACGGGGGAAAAGAAGAUGUUCCGCGAAAGUCCUUCCCAAGCUCCGGCUCGAAAGCUCCUUUCCCCGUCUAACUUACCAUGCUCAAGGAGAAACGGACCCCUUCGCACACCUAAACGGGACCAAACAGGGCAAACAUCAGGCAAUGACACGCCAAACAGCCUGUCACCUUUACCGGAUCUACCCAGCUCUCCAAGCAUACCGCCGUCUCCAUCGACAGCGAAGAAGCGUACUAUAUUAACCAGGGAUGCAGUCAUCAAGGGCUCAGAUGAAGAAGAGGACGACUCAUUCUCCGACUGUUCCCUUCCAGAUCUUGACAUGUUGGGUCCUAGAAAGCCAAGAGCAGAUCCCUGUGGCACUCCGCAGGCCAAGAGAAGAGCGAUCAUAGUACACAAAUCACCGCUCACCAUCCAGCCAAAACACAAGUUUGACUUCAAGACGCUAGACGCACACUCAAAGAGGCACGACGUCAUGUUUGACAGUCCCAAGCGGCCAAAAAAUGUGGUUAUUGAGGACGAAAUGACGGUAGAGGUAAGCCCUAGCAAAUCGCGCCAGAAGCUGAUCGAAAUUGCUGGCGUCAAAACUGAGGAGGAUGCGGACAAAGCACUCAGGGCGAUGGAGCGAACCCAUACCUCCAGCUCGAAGAAUAGAUGGUACUUCUUCACCAAGGAUGCGGAUGUCUCGCAUACUUCUAUUCCCUUUCCAAAGAAGAGAUCAAAGGGGCCUUGGUCAUUUCUCGAGAAGCCUGGAACUCGUGACCGGCACAUCAUGUCUGGAAUGCCUACCACUUUGGCGGCUUCAUUGGAGCUCCCAGACGAGUUGUAUUUUUGGGUUCUAAACAUGGCAAGCGUCGAAAGGCUCGAUGGUCUUCGGGAGGAGUAUUGUAGGCUGGCUGCCGCGAAUAAGAGACAGGUCAAGCGCCUCAUUACCCCUGAACGGCUAUUGGAGAUCUUUCGCCAGCUGGGCGCUGCGAAUCACGUGGGAGACGAGACAUUGCAGCCAGUUCAGGAGGUUCGAGAUAUGUAUGUGGAUCGAGAUUGGAGGCCCCUUCAAUCGUGUUUGCAUUGGCUUCGUAACAUAGCGCAGCACCUCGAGUAUGAUGCCGUCGCGUACGGUGUCAAGAUGCUUCUGCGUAUGGCGGCUGAUAAGGUUGUGCUCGAAAAUGCGGAUAUGCUCAUGGCUCAACAGCUUGCGUUGGGAGCUCUUGUUAACAACGUGGAAGGCAGUGUUUGGGAUGAUUUUUGUACUGAGGUUUGCUCGUCCCUCUAUCAUGGGUUCGACAAAAGCUCACUAAGGAUUCUGCCCCUUACCUGCAUGCCAGUCACGUCGCCAAAGCUACAUGAGCUGCGGAGACGGUUGGCGGUUGCAUUUUUCCUCCGAGACGCUGCGUUGUCAAGUAGGCAUCCUGACAAUGCUAUGUCCCUUCGCCUUGUCAUUGCCCGGAUGAAGGAUAGCGACUUCCAGGUCAACCGCAAGACCGAUUAUGCCGAUCUCAAAGCACAAGUCCUGCUUCUUGACAUGGCCGUAGACGACGGCUCGUUUGUGCCGGACAAAGACGAUCGAGAACAUGAGAAGAACUUUAAUGCAGAAAUUGAUGACCUUGCCAAGCGUCUGAAGGCCAUCUGGCGUGGCAUUAACGACACGGGCGCUGCAAACCUUACUCGCACAGAAGCAAAAAGCGUCCUGGAAUGGGUCGGACAGCGUUUGGCUUAUUCUGUUCGCACAAGACCACCACCUACACAGAGCAUUUUCGGAGACCAGGGACCAUCAUCGGCCAAGAAGAAGAGACAGCAGGACUUUAUGCAGAAGUUUGUCCACUCUCGAAAAGCCAAGCAAACACCAGACGAUUCAAAGGAGGAGGAGGCGUCUUCGGACGAGGAUGCCACAUUCGUAACUGCAAUUGGGUAA